CACACACACACUUACUCACACUUACACACACACACAAAACACAAACGGGUGGCUUAUUUUUUGGAAGUGACAUUAAACACAUUAAAAAACCCACUGUUCCCCCUCUCCUCCUCUCGCAGGAUGUCAGAUUUCGACAGCAACCCUUUCGCCGAUCCGGAGAACAACCCGUUUCAGGAUCCAUCAGUGACACAAGUAAGACCGACGGCUCCUCCGGGCUUAGAGGAGUACAAUCCCUUCUCAGAUGGCAAACCAACGCCCCCGAACAUGGCGCCCAAACCGGCACCGAACUCCAACACCACACAACCCGCCAUCAUGAAUCCCACAGAGGAGCCUCCGGCCUACACGGCCUUACAGCCUCGGGGACAGGAGCAGACGAGAGCAGCUGCUGAGCUCUUGAGGAGGCAGGAGGAGCUGGAGAGGAAGGCUGCAGAGCUGGACCGGCGGGAGAGAGAGAUGCAGUCCCUCAGUGCUUCAGGAGGAAGGAAAAACAACUGGCCUCCCCUACCAGAGAAGUUCCCCGUGGGUCCGUGUUUCUACCAGGACAUCACUGUGGACAUUCCUGUUGAGUUUCAGAAGACGGUCAAGAUCAUGUACUACCUCUGGAUGUUUCAUGCUGGGACGCUGCUGGCAAACAUGGUGGGCUGCCUCGCCUGGUUCUGUGUGGAUGCGUCACACGGGGUGGACUUUGGCUUGUCCAUCCUCUGGUUCCUGCUCUUCACACCCUGCUCUUUCGUCUGUUGGUACAGGCCGAUUUAUGGAGCUUUCAGGAGUGACAGUUCAUUCAGGUUUUUUAUUUUCUUCUUCGUGUACAUUUGUCAGUUUGGCAUCUACGUGCUCCAGUGUAUCGGCAUCUCUGGUUGGGGAGCCAGUGGGUGGAUCUCUGCUUUGAUGGGCCUGAAUACAAGCAUCCCAGUUGGCAUCAUAAUGAUCCUCAUCGCUGGUCUCUUUACCGCACUGGCUGUCAUGUCCCUCAUCAUGUUCAAAAAGGUCCAUGGGAUGUACCGUACCACCGGUGCCAGCUUCGAGAAGGCCCAGCAGGAGUUCGCUACGGGCGUCAUGGCCAACAAGACGGUCCAGACGGCGGCCGCUAACGCCGCCACCAGGGCUGCGACGACAGGCUUCAAGGAGCAGAUCUGAUCGGCGCCGCUAAGCCCACUCAUCUCUCCGUCCUACCCUUCCUUCUCCUCUUCUUCUCCCUCCUCUUCCUCUCUCAGUGCGACACCCAGCUACCGUCGAGCCAGCCGCCCCUGUUUGAACGCAUGAAGAGCCUCCGCCUCAUCGCCGUCCUCCCAUCCUCAGCCUUCUGACGUUAUCUGCUGUAUGAGUGCAUUGCAGUUGGCCGUCUGCGAUCCGUUACCUGAGGGAGAAAUUUGGGAACACUCAAACAGGGCUUCAGCUCUCUCCGUCCCUGCUCCACCGACAUCAUUGUGCACUCUCAUCUCUGACUCUGGGACUCGUCACCCCCUGCAGCUGCACUCCUACCACUCAACCAGCGUGCUCGACUUUAUUAUUAUUAUCAUGAUUUUUCUGUGUGUUUGGCCAACUAAAUGAAUGUUUGCGUGCCUCUAUAUACAAGUCGGUGCCGCCUCGAGGCCUAUCUGUCUGUCCUCUGUAGACAGAUAACACUAAUGUAGCUGAACCAAGUCCCCUUCUUCUGAAGUUACCUGGGCAUUUCCACCUCUGUACCCCCCCCCCCCCCCCCCCCCCUCCUCUGUGUGUCUGAGCCUGUCUUUCAUCUAUCAUAAUCUAAUCACUACUUCCUAUUUUUAAAUUAAUUUAUUACAGGACAGAUGGACGCCGUCGAGUACUGACUAAAGUAGUUUUCUUCUUCAUUCAGCAGCAUUUUCUCUGAUUUCGCUCCUUCCUUUGCUGUUUUUUCCCCCCCAUGGUUACAUAACUUAACACUGCUGCCCCCAGGUGGAGUGACUUUUUAUUGCUGAAGAUGAAUGCUGUGCAUUCCAGUUCACUGCCUUGCCUUCUACCUUCUGCUUUCCUCAGAUUUGGGUUUUAGAGAGUGUGUAGCUUUCCCUUAAAGUGACGCUUCACCCAAAAUCAUACGUGUAGGUGUGUAGGGCUGCAGCUAAUGAUUAUUAUCACUAUAUACCAUUUACAAUCAGAAAAUAGUUUCCCAGAGCCCAAAAAAACAUAUUCAAUUUGCUCUUUUUAUCCAACUAACAGUCUAAAACCUGAAGAUGUUUCAUUUAAAAUCAUGUCAAACAGACAAAAGAAGCAAAUUCUCAUAUUUUAAGAAGCUGUUUUCCAAUUAAUUAACUAAUUAGUCCUUCUUCAGCAUCUACCAAUUAUCAUCUUGAUUAAUUGAUGUCAGAAAAUAGUGAUAAAUUCCAAUCACAGUUUCCCAGUGUUCAAAAAGACAGAUUCAGAUUACUCUUUUUAUCCAACCAACAGCUUAAAACCUGAAGAUACACAAUUUACAAUCUAGUAAAACAGACAAAAGAAGCAAAUUCUCAUAUUUUUGAGAAGUUUCUUGCCAUUUUUGCUUGAGAAAAAAAGAUCAAAAUUACUUCUCAGGAUUUCAAUUAAACAACUAAUCAUUUAAAUCUUUCUUGAAGCUCUGCUAGAGGUUGUUUUUAAAGCCAUAUUUUGGCAAAACUUAAGUGUUUUUCCACAUUUUUUGGGGUGCUGAGCCAUGCUGUCUCUCUGUGUGUGUGAUUUUCCACUGCUUAGACUUGUAGACCUUGAUGACAGUUUGGAGGUUUGCUGGCUUGCAGAAAAAAUGCAUUAAGUUAAUGCCUGUUGUCUACAGUUCUUCAAUUCACAUCCCACUGUAGCUGCUUUCUGCUUGUAUUAUUUCCUCUCUGCAGCGUUUAUUGCUGAUCUGCUGACCCAGUAGCUCCAAAUAUCUCCAGAUCUUUUGUUAUGUCUACCUGUCUUUAUUAAAGAAUGGUAACUUCUUCUCGAUGAAAGCCUCCCAUUAGAGAGUGGAACGCUUUUAAUACGAGGCGGCAAUAGCAGGAAAUGUUGAGUUUUCAUCGUUGGUAGAUCAACGCAGCUGAGAGCGAUAAGUUAACAGUAAAAUAAGGCAACUCGAGCUAAAGGAGCAACUAUAAUAAGGUUUAUGCAGCAUAGUGAACUUGUAAAUGGACAUUGAAUCUAUUUUAAAUUCAAGCUGCAAACUGAGAUUUAGAUUUUUUGAUUUUUGGUUGAAUUUGUCACUUUACAAAGUUUGCUUUCAAGUAUUAAUUAGCUUAAUGUCUUUUUCCUAUAAUUGAUCUUACAUAGCCAUUGUGAAAUAACGUUUGGUUGCACUUUAACCUGGUUUAGCUGGACUGGAAGGAUCUUUAUAACAUAAGUGUAUAUAUAUAUAAUAACGGCCUCCUCACACCUUCCUGCUCAUUAAUAUAGAUGUUUUUUAAAAAUUCAUAACAUGCACCAGCUGAGUUUGGCCCAGUUUCCACAUGAAGCCUAUUUUUUUGUGUAAUUUCCUUGGAAUUAAAAAAAAAAAACGAAUCAGUUACACAGUUAACAUAAGAGAGCGAGAGAGAGAGCCACUAUUCUGUAUAUACAGCUGCAUGUUUAUACAGCCGAAGAAGAAGAAGAAAAAAAAAGUAACUCGUCUCCAGCUUUUGUUGCGUGCCGGAGAUUUACCUCAGUUUAACUCAGGAUGUGCUCUUCACUUGCAUGACGAGGUGAAAAAUUAAUUGUUUGAAAUGAAGCACCGACUGGCCCCUCCCCCCUCCUCCCCUCUCUCAUUGGUUUUAAAAUAUAUAUAUAUGUGUGCUGUAUAUUUGAUUUAUCGCAAUAAAAAAAUAAAAAUGACUUUAAAAUAUGUGAAAAAUAAGACGGGCCAGUCAUGAUUGAAUUACAUUUUUCAAAAAAAUUGCCUGCAGAUAUUAUAAGAAUCGUGCUUUGACUAUCAUUGAAAAUCAAAAGCAUCAAAUCUGAAAAUCAUUCUUGUGAGUCUUUUAAUUUCAAAAAUCAUUUAACCUACGAAAACAUCCUCGAAUUUUUCUCUUUGUUUUUCUUUACACACUGUAUGAGACUUGUGUUGCUACAAUGGGAGCUUUUGAAUGUGUCCGAUCACGUUGUCUUGUCAUGGUUUCAUGUUUAAACCAGUUAAGCCUUUGUAUGUAUGUAUGUGUGCUGUGUAGGAGUGUAAAAAAUAGAGGGAAUUGAGCCUUUAAAGUCUUAAUUUGUGGAUCUUUGAUGGUUCUGAUUAACUGGAAACUUUUAAAAAAUCUCUUAAGACUUCCUUUUUUUUCUCUCUCUGCUGACUUCUCCUUUUGUUAAACUUCAUACUGGCUUCAUUUGAACCAGUACCACCAGUACAAGUGUAUGCAUCAGUACAGUUAUGUACAAAGCAACGUGAGGUUAUUACAGGACUUGCAGAACCUUGCUGAUUUUUUUUUCUUCUUUUCGAUGAUUAAAUGUGAGAAAGGUGUUAGAUCGCAACGCAACGUGAACUGUGUGAUGUGCUGUAGCUGGACUGUGCUGCUUUACAGCUCUGCUUUAUAAUCAAACAUGACGUGUGGGUAGAAAACACUGACAAUGACUUUCUUUUCUUCUCUUUAACGGUUACACAUUUAUCGAAGGGAUGUUUGUAUAUUUUGUAAAAUGUACAGAUCGGUCGGCUGUUUGCGCUAAAAACAAAAAGAUUCGGUGUAAUUUAAAAGAUGCACUCUGGUUUCACCUUCAGUCGCAUGUUGAGUAGUUUGAGUUUUGUAUAUUUAUUGUAUUAACACUAAAUAAAAUUCUUCUUCUGUA